UCUUGCCGCACGCGUGCGUGAGGUUGGGUGGGGGUUCAGUCUCCUAAUCUCCUAUAAAUACACGACACCUGAUCCCCAUAACGCUAACCAGCAGCCAAAUCCUGUGUUGCAAUUUGCGAGAGAUAAGACAGAGAUAGAGUGAGCCUUUUUGCAUCCAAUUUGUGCUGUAGCUUGCUGAGUGGCAUAUAUAUAGUGUGGUACGGCGUCGAUGGGGAGAGGUAAGAGCUCCUUUUUUGCGUCCCUGUUUGGGUACAAGAAGCAGGGCUCCGGCGGGAGGCAGGAAGAAGCAGCGGCGGCGGCGAGGCUGCCGCCGCAGCGGUACAACCACGGGACAAGGGUGCGGCCGAGCGAUGACGACGACUACUAUGGCCAGAACUGGUACGCCGAUCGCGACAUCAACCGGAGGGCCUCUGAGUACAUCGAGAGGGUGCACCGCGGAAUGCAGGCCACCAGCGAACAGGACGAAUAGGCUGCAGGCGGGGCGUGCGUGCGUGCGUGCAUGCUGCAUGCAGACGCAUGCGCCCGCAUGCAUGCAUGCAUGCAUUCCGGCCGCUCGGCAAGCAUGAAUAAGAAUGAUUCAGCGAAUCGUGUUGUGUGUGAGGUUGUCUCUAGACUCUAGUCUCUACUGGAUUGCAGGAUUGGUUUUGUUGUUUUGUUGUUUUUGUCAGUACUAAUCUGUACUAUCUAGCUAUAUCCAGUGUAUGAUAAUAUAUAAACUGAUAUGAUAAUGCCA